AUGGAUCCUACUAAGCAACUUGGAAUUGGAUUCAUUUUCAAUACAACUCACAACAGCAAAGAGACAGUGAGGACAGAGCAGCUGGCGCGUCGAAAUUUUCAGAAAAAAUGGGCCAAACUUGGUGAUGAAAAAUUGAAUAAAUUCUAUAACCAAAAUGAAGUCAACCAGCAAUUGAAAGAUGUACUCAGAAAACAAGAACUAUGCCCCUUCAAAUAUACCGGUCAAGGUGAUUCAUAUUUCCUUUCACCCGACAUGUACAACUCAUUGGUAGCCAAAUGUCGUUGUGGUCGUCAGCGAAGUGAAACACAUAUUUUAAAAUGUUUGCAAAAGACAGAAAAUAUAUUUAAUAAAGCAGCAUCUUCAAAAGCUGUUGAGGUCAACAACGCUUCUAUGCAAGAGCAGAAUGCUAAAAAUGAAGGCAAAUCCGUGAAAAUUGAUGGCAAAUGCGCUGCUGACGUGUCACUACCAAAAACUACAAAUUCUUUGAUUGGUUGGCAAAAACGUCCUUCUGGCUAUAAGGAAUGGGAAAACUCGAUGAAGCAUAUUUCACCAAUCGCCACUAUGACUGGACCACGUCUGACUCAAACAGCAUACCAUGUUUUACAUAUUGCCUAAAUUUAUAACAAUUAUUUACAUAUGUACUUGUAUGCACAUACAUUCCAACUUACGUUCAACAAAUACAAAAGAAACAUAGUUACUUUGAAGUUGUGUAAACCAAAUUCAUUUUAA